AUCAGCAAUCUCCACAGUAUAGCCAGAAUUGCAUUAACGUACAGAAAGUGUUUAUAUAUAAAACGUUUUAUGUGCAUGCUUAAAUAUAUGUAUGUGGCUACUAAAUCAUAUAGCCUAAAAACCUGUGGCCUAGAGAGUAGCUAUGUAGUGAAAAUGUAAACUGGGCCACGGAGGAGCAUAACUUAGUGAUGUGGUUAGACGAAAGAAAGCAAAAGAGGGUUUGGUAUGUACGUGGUCUAGAAGGCAAGUUCCGUUAAUUAAAUACGCCAACGAUCAAUCAGCUCUCGGCCACGUGACCGGCUCAUCGACUCUUACAGAGAAUUGUCAUGUUUUUAGAGGCUUCCCAUUUUCAUAACGUGAAGGGACAGGCGAGGUUAGCCUUGAUUAAUCCAUACGUCGUUAAAUUAAAAUUAUUACUCUGUCCGAUAUUGUAGCCUAUUCGACAUUAAAAAGCAAGUUUGACAAGUUUUCUAUUAUGUCACUCCAGACAGUUUUAGGACCGACUGAGAUGGUUUAAAAAGCAAUGUUUGAUUGAAAUCGUUUUGUGUGCUCGUGAUUGUUCGAUUUACCUUCUUCGGCACGAUAAUAUUUGGAAGUUAUAAUUCCCUUGAUGAAGGUAGAAGGCAGUUUGUGCGAUGCGGGCGGCGAAGCAGGUGCGGGUGAGCGAGGCAGCGGCAGUGCCGAUUGCUGCAUCUCGCGGCUGCUCAGCGUUGUUGAGAGUGAGUUGCAGGCCGGUCGAGAAAAAGGAGAUCCCACGGAGAGGCAGCUGAAAGUAAGCCUAGAAGAGGCUGAGCUCUGGAGGAAAUUUAAGGAGGUCACUAAUGAAAUGAUCGUCACCAAGAACGGCAGGAGAAUGUUCCCAGUGUUGAAGGUCAAUGUCUCGGGCCUGGACCCAAAUGCCAUGUACUCUUUCCUGCUGGAUUUCGCCCCUGCUGAUGGCCACCGCUGGAAGUAUGUUAAUGGGGAGUGGGUACCUGCUGGCAAGCCUGAGCCCCAUAGCCACAGCUGUGUCUACAUUCACCCAGACUCCCCAAACUUUGGGGCUCACUGGAUGAAAGCUCCUGUGUCAUUCAGCAAAGUCAAGCUCACCAACAAGAUGAAUGGAGGAGGACAGAUCAUGUUGAACUCCCUGCACAAAUAUGAGCCCCAAAUCCACAUUGUGCGCGUCGGGGGAAGCCACAGGAUGGUAACCAACAUCUCUUUCACAGACACACAAUUCAUCGCGGUCACGGCCUAUCAGAACGAAGAGAUCACUGCUCUGAAGAUAAAGUAUAAUCCAUUUGCAAAGGCAUUUUUGGAUGCGAAAGAAAGAAACCAUCCCAAGAAUCUUCUAGAAGCCCAGUCUGAGAGCCAGCACAUUGGUAUAUCUCACUGUGGUUGGCUGAUUUCAAAUUCGGACACCCUCUGUUCCUCUGGCAGUGGGAACUACCCAUACAGUGGGGGCCUGCCCCUCACCCCUCCUCAUGGAUACGAUCGCUAUCCUCCCCUGCGCGGGCACCGGCCCGCCCCUUACCCCCCCUCAUACAUCCACCACCGCAACCACAGCUCAGGGUCCAGCAGUCCAGGUGGGUUACAGGUGUUCACUGGGCCCGAGAGCUGGACCCCCUUGUCCCCCUCAGCGCACCCCAGCAUGCUGCCUGUCUCUGCCCCCUCCCCCUCUCCAGCAACUAACAGUCAGUACCCUUGCUUGUGGGCCAUGAGCAACUGCAACGUCAACUCCUCUGGGCCAGCAGGAAGCACUGUGAGCUGCAUCCAGGGCCAGGUGGUGCGCAGCAGUGGGACCUCUGCCUCCUCCUCUCCUUGCGCCCUGCUGCAGGGAGGGACCUCUGCUCCCAUGGAAACUGGGGCGGAGCAUACUCACAUCAGGCUCGGAGGGGCAAGCUGGGCUGCAAUCUCCACCCACUCUUUCUGAGAAGCUUCGCCCACAUUCCCUACCCUUGAUGGGACUCUCAAGAUUGAAGACACCGACUUUCCAUACCCGUCCUGUAUCUAUGGGUUUGCUAAAUUGCUAAAUGUAAUAAUAAUAAUAAUAAUAAUAAUAAUAAUAAUAAUAAAUAAUAAUACUAUCUGAGCAAACAGUAUCUGUGCUGUCCAGACAAGAUAAACUACAAGCUGUAAAGAAUUUUGCAAUCUCCUUUCUGUAGUAGAGGUCUUACAACCCUGGCACUGGAGAGCCGCAGGGUGUGCUGGUUUCAUUGUUACUCAUCAAAUUAAAUGAUUCAACUGGCUGAUCACUUAAGUACCUCACCAUACCUGAGGUGACAUAGCUCAGGAGGUAAGAGCAGUUGUGUAGCAGUCGGAGGGUUGCCGGUUCGAUCCCCCGCCCUGAGGAAGACACCUAACUCCUAAUUGCUCCCAGUGAGCUGAUUGGUACCUUGCAUGGCAGCCUUUCACCGUUGGUGUGUGAGUGAGUGUGUGAAUGGGUGAAUGAGAGGCAUCAAUUGUAAAACGCUUCAGAUAAAAGCUAUAUAAAUCAGUCCAUUUACCAUUUACUUGGGUUUGCAUUGGCUGGUGAAAGCAAAAACUAGCAGUCCCUGUGGCUCUCCAGGUCCAGGGUUGAAGGACUCCUCUUCUAAUGGGAUUUAGUUGUACCUAUUUUUUCCCCUACAUUAUUCUCUCAGUAUCAAAUGUGUUGCUGCUCUAUGUUCCUGUUAUCACGUUCUUUGCAAGUACGUAUCAGUGUUUGAGCUGCCUUACUAUUUUUGACCCAGAUCAUGUGGUGCAUUUUAUAGGGACAAAAUAUUUAUGUGACAUAAAAAAGCUGGAAUCCCUUGUGAGGUGUAUUUAUGAGAUGUUUGCCCUCAGUUCAUAGUUCUAUAUGCGCAUUGUUCAAGCACCUUUAAAACAGUACAUUUUUAUGCAUAUGAAGUGUAAAUUGUUUGCGAUUAUGUAAAAAACAAAAACUUUUUCAUAAUUUUAAAAGGACUGUUGAUUCUGCUGAAUUUGAAUGCUCCAUCUUGUCUAAACACUGAAAAUGAUUAUUUUGUGGAAACCAUAAAAAAGUCAUGUUGUGUUGGCUUCUGGGAAUGUGCAUGCCCCAAUGCUGUUGCUUCAUUAAGGCAAUAAAUGUUUGACACCAA